AUGCUUCAAGUGCGUAUGGAGCUUGCGAAAAAGGUCGAACCAAACACAGUUGAUCUGGUCACUGUCGAACUCAAUAUCCGCAGCCUCUGCACUCUGAAGGCCACCCUGGUCGCUCAAACAUUGAUAUAUGGAGCGGAUAAAGAAAAUGCGCAUCUCUGGAGAAGAAAAUCAAAAGAGCAUGUGGAGGCCGUAGUGGCAGUGGCCCACGGAGGCAAAAAUGAAGCCUUGAUUUGUGUCAUUAUUGAGAUGGCCGUGGCGGAGGCAUUCUACUUCCGGACAGCCUCGAAGCCAGGCGAUAUUAAAUUAGGGACACAUUUGGAGGAAUAUCUUUCUGAUUGA